AUGGCGCCGCCAUCCGCAGCAGCAGCCCAGUCGGCCUUUGAUCCCGGCCUGCACCACGCCCACGACUCGGCAUCGUGCCCCUUUUGCCGAAUAGCGGUCAUCUAUGGCCCGUACGACCCGGCCGACCCGCCAGCGGCCGAGUCCGACGCGCUGAACCCGGACGCCAGCGCACCCAACCCCGCGACGUUCGUCGUGCUGUCGACGCCGCUGCUGGUCGCCUUCCUGGACAUCAUGCCGCUGUCGCGCGGCCACGUCCUGCUGUGCCCGCGCGAGCACCGGCCGAAGCUCACCGACGUCACGGCCGCCGAGGCGCAGGAGAUGGGCGGCUACCUCCGCGUGCUGUCGGCCGCGGUCGCCCAGGCCACGGGCGUGCGCGACUGGAACGUGGUGCAGAACAAUGGCGCGGCGGCUGCGCAGGUCGUGCCCCACUGCCACUUCCACAUAAUACCGCGCCCGGAGCUGCGCGACAAGAGGAGCGAGCGGUUUACGGCCACCAUGUUCGGGCGCGGUACGCGCGAGGAUCUGGACGAGGACGAGGCGGCGCCACUGGCCGAGCGCAUCAGAGAGGCCGUCGCCGAACUCCUUCACGGCGAAGCGCCGCCCGACAGCAGCAAGCCAAAGUUGUAG